AUGUCGAACAUCAUCGGCAAUCGCAACAGCACCCCCGAGACCUCGUCCUCCUCGCUCGGCGGCUCCACUCUUCGCCCACCACGCACGUUGACAAGUGCUGGACACCACUUGCGUGCUUCCGCCGACAUGAGCGCCUUCUCGGCCGCUUCGCCGCUCGCUAAUCGAGGUAUUAGGCCUGCUUCGGAGGUCUAUUUCAACCAGUUCAGCCAGGGUGGUAGCUCCUCAAACCCAGACGAGGUGGCAGAGCGGGCCGCUCAACAAUGGAUUGCGGACAUCGAUCAGUAUGAAACCACGCUCGAGGAGAUGGCUGCAGCGACUCUGGACCAGGACUUCAAGGACGAGCUGAGCGCCAUUGAGCAGUGGUUCCGUGUGCUCAGCGAGCCUGAGCGCACGGCAGCUCUUUACGCGUUGCUCCAGCAGACUACACAAGUCCAGAUCCGCUUCUUCAUUCAGGUGCUGCAGCAAAUGGCCAAGAGUCACCCGAUGGCUGGUGUCUUGUCUCCCGCCACUUUCAAUGAGAAGGAACCCAUGACAUCGAGGAUGAACGACGCUAUCAAUAAGCUGAAUGUGGAAGGUUCGCGCGCUUCCUUCGGGUUUGGCAGUAAGCCACCACCUUCGCCAGGUGCCAAGCGAAUGUCUGGCCUCGAUCCGAACACGAUCAAGUCCAUGUUUCCAGAUGCCGCAAACGCCAUUGAGGAUCAAAAGGCGGAAUUCCAAAAGACUACUGGGAGUGUUCCAAAGAGCAACAGGAACAGCGCGGUUGGGGACAGGUCAUCGCAGUAUAUGCCUACCAUUGCAGCGCCAGAAGAAGAUAAGAAGAAUGGAUCUUCUGGUAUACCAUCUGGUCCGUGGAGAAGCAGCGGCGGUUCGCAAGGUGGUGAGAACCUACCUCCCAUUGGCAGGCCCAAGUCUUCAUCUAGCCAGCAGCAAGGUAGCCAGCAAGUGAUGGGCCAAUUUGGCGUGGGCCAGGCUCCUUUAUCUGCAGGGCUGCGCUCUGGCAGACCGUUCCCCAUCUCGAGUGAUAAUAACAUUCAGAGUCAAACUGCAAGCCAGCUCGGACACAAUGCUGACGGCAUGCCGAUACUGUCUCCUUACGCGCCUGGUCAAAGCUGGGCUUCGAUGACCAAUACUCCUAUGGUUGCCAACUUCAGCCAGCAACAGAGCGCCUCCCAGGCUGACAUGGUUGCCAAUGCCACUGCCAUGAAACUUGCCGCUCUCUCUACUGUCAACAACCGUAUUCACCUUGAUGAUCCUCGCAAGUUUCGUCGUACCCGUUCCUCGGAAGGGCAGAAUGGUCAACAGCCACUUUCACCGGCCAUGCCAGGUCAUCUCAUCUUGGACCCUAUGGGCCAGGGCUUCACACCCCAGCAAGCUGCUGCCCUUCAGCAACAUCAGAUCAACACCAUUCUGCAGAAUCAACGCUCGCGUCCAUCGUCGCCAGGUAUUGCCAUUACCGGUCCACCUGGAGGCAACCCUGUCAUGAACAUGGCUGGAAUGCAGAACAAUGGCUACCUGGCAGCCUACGACAAUGGCAUGGGACAGCUCAACAACGGUAUGGCAGGCAUGAACUUAAGCAACUUUGCUCUCGGCAACUUCGGUAACGAGGGCUAUCUAUCGGAUGCCAGUGAAAUCAAUCGAGGCAGAUCACCACGGGGUCGACGAGGUAGCUCCAAGCCGCCGGAGGAUCCAACCGAUAUCGCACUACUGCGAGACAUCCCGAACUGGCUACGAACGCUCCGGCUCCACAAGUAUACUGAUAAUCUCAAGGAUAUGAACUGGCAGGACCUGGUCGCGCUAGAUGACGAGGGUCUCACAGCAAAAGGUGUCGCAGCGAAGGGCGCGCGGACCAAGUUGUUAAAGGUAUUUGAGCAAGUCCAGCAAGCCCAACAAGAAGGCCGCCUCUAG